CUUCUACUGACUGUCCCCAAGGAAGUCUACUACGAUGUGGACCUGGUUGUUUGUUCAGUUACACUAUUGUCCAGUCACACUAUUGUCCAGUUACACUAUUUUCUAGUAACACUACUGUAUAGUUACACACUAUUGUCUAGUUGUCCAGUUACACUAUUGUCUAAUUCUAGAUGCGUGUCUGUACAUUCUGUGUCCCUGGUCCAGCAAGUCUUAGUGUGUCCUCGUCUCCUAUCCACAGAUGGUUCGCAGGUAUACCGAGUGAAGUUCACCUGGGAACACAUGCAUGAGCUGGAUGAGACUGGGGUGGUGAUCGCCAUGUCCUGUGGGGAGUACGAGAGCAAGAAGACUCUGACAUUCUCUCAGAACUUUGGCUACAUUUUCAUACAGACAGACAAACCGGUGUACACACCUUUACAGACGGUCAUGUUCCGAGUCAUUGCAGUGGACGAGCACCAGAAACUGGCCAAGUAUAUGAUUCGCAUCGAUAUCAGAAAUCACAAGCAUAUCGUGGUCGAUCGGUUAAUACUGACAGCAGAAGAAGCCUUCACUGCCAAAAAAUUUCCCCUUCCCAAGGAGACUCCACCAGGCCAGUGGUUCAUCUCUGCCCACUUUGAGAGAGUGAUGUCUGGAGCCACGGUCACAUUUGAAGUGAAAGAAUAUGUGCUGCCCAGGUUUUCCAGCAUCGUCAGGGUGGACCCGGAUGUCAUCACCCAGGGCACCGAGUGGAUCACUGUCAAUGUCACUACAAGGUACGUGUAUGGGCGACCAGUUUUUGGGCUGGUGGAGCUCAAGCUUGGAGUCUAUAAACCAACUGGUCUCACAAUGUUGCCAGUAAACUUUACUGAACCGGUAAAUUGCUGGAUAAGUAACUUGACAGGCAAAUUGAUGACAAGAAUA